AUGGGUAAAUUAAUAGAAUUAGCCCACAACUGGAGUUGUCGACUCGCAAGCAACGCAACGUCAUUCCAAAACGAUGAAGAGAGCAGACUUGGCGGUGCCAUUGGCCGCGCCAUAGACGGCGGCGCCACCGCCGUCACGGGCGGCUCCGCCACUACUACACACCUGUUUCAACAAUCGAAGCUAUACGGUAGCGGCUUCUCUUCCGUGAAGCAGCCUCGUUGGUUUUCUCCUCAUCAUUCCAUUGCGAAGCACUCGACGCCGCGCUCCGCCGAAGAAUGCGUCGCCGGAACUAUGUUCUUCUCCGUCGCCGCCUCCUCCUCCUCCUCCUCACUCGCUGAAGAUGUCCAUGAUGCCAAGGAACUGCCUCCUCAGUCCAUGAAGUUGUUCAACCCCAAAGACGUCGUCCUUUAUCAGUACCAAGCUUGCCCCUUCUGUAAUAAAGUUAAAGCUUUCCUGGAUUACCAUGACAUUCCUUACAAAAUUGUGGAGGUCAACCCCAUCAACAAGAAGGAAAUCAAAUGGUCUGAUUACAAGAAGGUCCCCAUACUGGUUGUUGAUGGUGAACAGAUGGUUGACUCAUCAGACAUAGUUGAUAAGUUGUUUGAAAGGAUCCAUCCCGAGAUAUCUGUUGACUCUGCCUCGGAUGGUGACGAAGAAAGGAAGUGGCGUGGGUGGGUGGAUAAUCACUUGGUGCAUGUCUUAUCACCAAAUAUAUAUCGAACUACUUCCGAGGCUCUCGAGUCAUUUGACUAUAUUACAACCCAUGGCAAUUUCAGCCUCACUGAAAGGAUAGUAGCAAAGUAUGCUGGAGCUGCAGCCAUGUAUUUUGUUGCAAAGAAACUAAAGAAGAAACACAAUAUCACUGAUGAGCGUGCAGCCUUGUAUGAAGCUGCAGAGACAUGGGUGGACGCUCUGAAUGGUCGAAAAUAUCUUGGUGGGUCAAACCCAAAUCUAGCUGAUCUUGCGGUCUUUGGCGUCUUGAGACCUAUUCGCCACCUCAAGUCUGGUAGAGAUAUGGUGGAGCACACGCGCAUUGGUGAAUGGUACACUAGAAUGGAAAGCACAGUGGGAGAGCCUUCUAGAAUAAUGGCAUAAAGUAGAAUGCCUUCUAGAAUAUGAGCAAAUAAUAGAGAGAAGAAAUUACUUUUGAACUUUUUAGGGUAGGUUAUACAAAACAAUGCCACCCGCUUUAUUCCACUUUGUUAAGCAGGUUGUUUUGCAACUGUUAAUCGCGUCUGGAUACUCAUUCAAGUUGGUAGCUAUUCGUAUGCUUUGAUGUGUUUGAUGCACGGUCGGUUUAUUCGUGUGCGCUCUAAGCUAAAUUGUAGUUUCAUUUUUGUCAAAAUUUAAGAAUUUCCAUAUAUAGAAAGAGAUUUUAUUUGAACUUGGCAA